AUGUCUCUUCCUCGUGAACAGGAAGGGGCGGCGUCCACCAUGGGAGAACAUGGAUUGGACGCCAGCAGCCAGCACCCCCUUCAGUCACAAGAAGCUCUUGAAAUGUCGUCUUUAAGAGACAGUAGCGACUCUGCCAGCACCAACGAGGAAGAUUCUACUGAUGACGAGUCCACAUGGCCUCAACUCUCGCAGAGAGUCUCGGGGAUCAUUUCUCAGUCUGACCGACAAGAAUUGGAACGUAUAGCGACUACAUUAUCCAGGCGUAUGAGCUACGCUCGCUCAGAAGCAGGCACAAAUGCGAAAGGCUUUUCUGCUUUUCGAGCCGAUCCAACUUUGGACCCUCAGAGUGAGAAGUUUGAUGUGGCCCGCUGGGUCAAAGUUGCUAUUCGACAGAUGGAGGCUGGAGGCUACAAAUCACAGCACACUGGUGUUGUUUUCAAGGACCUGAGCGUUUACGGUUCGGGCGAAGCUAUUCAGCUGCAGCAGACAGUCGGGGACAUGAUGCUGGCGCCAAUGCGGGCAACGCAGCUCCUUCAUCGCAAGAGGGGGGCGCCCAAGACCAUCCUCAACCGAUUCAACGGUUUGGUCAACGGCGGAGAGCUAUUGGUCGUCCUGGGUAGGCCGGGGUCGGGAUGCAGCACUCUGUUGAAGUCAAUUUGCGGCGAACUCCACGGUCUGCAAGUCGAUGAGGAAUCAUCCAUCACUUAUCGAGGCGUAUCUCAGAAGGAGAUGCUUCGCGAGUUCAAAGGAGAGAUACUGUAUAAUCAGGAGGUUGAUAAGCACUUUCCGCAGCUCACUGUCUCCCAGACCCUAGAGUUUGCGGCGGCAUGCCGUGAGGCAGACGGCGCUCACAAACUUCAUGGCAUGACACGUGAGGAGGUGGCCCGAUAUCGUGCUCAAGUCAUCAUGGCCGUUUGUGGUUUAAGCCAUACAAACAACACCAAAGUCGGGAAUGAUUUCGUCCGAGGAGUGUCAGGAGGAGAAAGGAAGCGUGUCAGUAUAGCCGAGAUGUUGAUUGCUGGCGCUUCACUUUGUGCCUGGGAUAAUAGCACUCGAGGUCUUGAUUCUGCCAGUGCUCUUAGAUUUGUUCAGACAUUGCGCCUGAGCUCAGACACGGCUAAGAUGGCGAGCUGCGUGGCCAUUUACCAGGGCAGUCAGGCCAUCUACGAUCUGUUCGAUAAAGCUACAGUACUCUAUGAAGGUCGACAGAUCUACUUUGGGCCAGCUGAUGCUGCCAAGGCCUUCUUUGAAAGACAAGGCUGGGUUUGCCCACCCCGGCAAACGACAGGAGACUUCUUGACUGCCGUGACCAACCCACUAGAGCGUCAAGCCCGCGAAGGCAUGGAGGCUCGCGUCCCUCGUACGCCGGACGAGUUCGAGCGGUAUUGGCGUGAAUCUCCGGAAUAUGCCAAGCUGCAGCUGGAUAUCUCAACUUAUGAGCAGAAACAUUCAACGCAGCCAGAGAGCCACAGCAUCUCUCAGCUACGAGAGAACAAAGCUGCCUUUCAGGGAAAGCAUACCCGUCCAGAAUCACCUUUCAUGAUUUCCGUCCCGUCUCAGAUCAGACUUACUACGAAGCGGGCCUACCAGCGCAUUUGGAACGACCUCUCUGGAUCCCUCUCUCCUCCCAUCGUGAACAUUGUUAUCGCACUCAUCGUUGGCUCAAUCUAUUACGGCACGCCUAGCGAUACAUCUGGUCUUACUUCCAAGGGCGCUACUCUGUUCAUGGCCAUCCUGCUUAAUGCUCUUAGCGCUGUUUCGGAAAUUGGAACGUUAUACUCGCAAAGACCGAUCGUCGAAAAACAUGCAUCAUACGCGUACUAUCAUCCGGCAACAGAAGCCAUCGCAGGGGUCGUCUCGGAUAUUCCCAUCAAGUUCAUCACCGCAAUCUGCUUCAACGUGAUCCUCUACUUUUUCGCUGGACUAAGACGUGAAGCCGGACCAUUCUUCCUCUUCUUCUUGAUUACUUUCAUCACUACAUUCACCAUGAGUGCCGUGUUCCGCACAAUGGGGGCAAUUACCAAGACAGUCUCGCAGGCCAUGACCCUAGCUGGAGUCUUGAUCUUAGCUCUUGUUAUAUAUACGGGCUACGUUAUCUCGGUACCAGACAUGCAUCCGUGGUUCGGCUGGAUUCGUUGGAUUAACCCGAUAUUCUACGCCUUCGAGAUCUUGAUCGCCAACGAAUUUCAUGGCCGAGAGUUUCCCUGCGCGGUCGGGAGUGUCGUACCGCCUUACAACCCGCCUGUGGGAGACUCCUGGAUCUGUUCAACGGUGGGGUCGGUCGCUGGCCAGUCAUUCACGAGUGGCGAUGCCUACAUCGCUGAAACAUACGGGUACUAUUAUUCUCAUGUGUGGCGCAACUUUGGCAUCCUCGUGGCCUUCACAAUCGCCUUUAUGGUCGUCUACUUUGUGGCAUCCGAGAUCAACUCAUCUACUGCGGCCACUUCGGAAUCUCUUGUGUUUCGCCGUGGUCAUGUCCCAGCUCACUUUAUGGACGCAGCCGUCCAGGAUCAAUCUACAGAAACCAACUCGCCUUACGUCACUUCGAAGUCUCGUGGUGAUGAGGAACCCCAAGUCCAUGAUCUCAAGCCUCAGACAGAUAUCUUCACUUGGAAAGAUCUCGUAUACGACAUUGAGAUCAAGGGUGAGCCUCGCAGGUUGUUGGAUCACGUUGCUGGAUGGGUGAAACCCGGUAGUCUCACAGCCCUGAUGGGUGUCUCUGGCGCCGGCAAGACGACCCUGCUGGACGUACUUGCACAGCGAACUACAGUUGGUGUUGUCACGGGAGACAUGUUCGUGAAUGGCCGACCACUCGAUGCUGGCUUUCAGCGUAAGACUGGUUAUGUUCAACAGCAAGACUUGCAUCUCAGCACUGCCACCGUCCGGGAAAGUCUUCAAUUCAGCGCCCUUCUGCGUCAACACAAGUCCAUCAGCAAGGAAGAGAAGUUCAAGUUCGUUGAAAGUGUCAUCGAUAUGCUGAAUAUGCGAGAUUUUGCGAACGCAGUUGUCGGAGUCCCGGGGGAGGGCCUUAAUGUCGAGCAGCGGAAACUGUUGACGAUUGGUGUCGAGCUGGCUGCAAGACCGAAACUAUUGCUCUUUCUUGACGAACCAACCAGUGGGUUAGACUCCCAAAGUUCUCGGGCCAUCUGCGCUUUCCUACGGAAAUUGGCGGACAUGGGCCAGGCUGUUCUCUGCACAAUCCAUCAACCGAGCGCCCUCCUAUUCCAAGAGUUUGAUCGGCUCCUGUUCCUCGCAAAAGGUGGCAAGACGGUCUACUUCGGAGACAUUGGUGAGAAUUCACGUAUUCUUCUAGAUUAUUUCGAGUCCAACGGAGCACGUCAGUGCGGCAGCGAAGAAAAUCCUGCUGAGUACAUGCUUGAUAUUGUGAACAAUCAUACCAGCGGCACUGGAAAUGACUGGCAUUCAUGUUGGAACGCGAGCCCACAGCGUCAAGCCGUCGAUGAACACAUCAACCAUCUAAAUACAGUUCAUGGCAACUCAUCCUCCACCGAGCACAAUGACGAAGAUGGUUCCUCAGAGUUCGCAGCGCCACUCAUCCAGCAACUUCAGCAUGUCACCGUGAGGAUAUUCCAGCAGUAUUGGAGGAUGCCGUCAUAUAUUGCUGCCAAAUGGGUUCUUGCAAUUGCCUCCGGGCUGUUUAUUGGGUUUUCAUUUUACAGUCCCGAUCAGGACCUGGCUGGCAUGUCCAUUGUCCUCUUCGGUGUAUUUAUGAUUUCCACUAUCUUCACUACUUUGGUGAAUCAGGUACAACCCCUGUUUGUCACCCAGCGUGACCUCUAUGAGGUCCGCGAGCGGCCUAGCAAGGCAUAUUCCUGGAAGGCCUUUAUCAUUGCCAACAUUGUCGUUGAAAUCCCCUACCAGAUUGUCGCCGGAACUCUUCUUUUUGCCUGUGUUUACUAUCCCGUGGCUGGAAUCCAGACAUCCGAUCGCCAAGUUCUGGUACUGCUCUUCCUUGUUCAGUUUCUCCUCUAUGCCAGCACAGUCGCGCACAUGACGAUAGCCGCCAUGCCCAACACUCAGUCAGCCAGUGCCAUCGUGACGCUGCUUUUCAUGAUGUCGCUCACAUUCUGUGGUGUCAUGCAAGCUCCGGACUUACUACCACGUUUCUGGAUUUUCAUGUAUCGGGUAUCACCUAUUACAUACUGGAUUGGUGGUAUUGUGGCCACUCAGCUCCACGACCGAGCGAUAACCUGCUCCGCCUCGGAAACUGCUGUGUUUGACCCGCCGCAAGGUCAGACAUGUGGUGAAUACCUGUCAGACUUUCUACAAGCAGCACCCGGGCAGCUCAUGAACCCCGGUGACAGCUCCAACUGUCAGUAUUGCAGUCUCUCUGUUGCAGAUCAAUAUUUGGCUUCGGUCGGGAUCUCCUGGUCCGAGCGUUGGCGUAAUUUCGGCAUCAUGUGGGCAUAUAUUGGGUUCAACAUCUUUGCUACGGUCGCACUUUACUACCUCUUCCGGGUCAAGAAAUGGAACAUUCCGAAGGCGAAGAAGAGGGAGUGA